CACCACCACCACUACCCAAAGGCCAAAGCUGCUUGCCUGCUAUCAUGGAUGAUCUUGGCUCCAUCCAAGCCUAACAUCAAUAUGGAUACCAGCAGUAACAUCGAGAUGAAGAUUCACGUCUCUAAUUUUAGUUACACAUCUUUUUGAGAAAUCGAUACUAUUUUCUAGAAAAUACAAGAUUUGAUUGAAUAAUGGGUUCUUGGUCGUUGUUAGCAGCAUCUUCACAAGUUCAUGUAGCAGUGGUUUCUCAAAUUCUGAGUUUUCUCUUUUUCCUCUUCUUUUCUAAAGGAGCCUUGGGGGUUACUUUUAAUAUUGUAAAUGACUGUGGGUUCACCAUUUGGCCUGUAAUCAUUAGCACAACGAGUUUAAAUGAAACUACAUUUGAGCUCACAAAGGGUAGUUCACGCUCUUUUCAAGCUCAGAGUGUAUGGCUUGGUAGUAUAUGGGGUCAGACAGGUUGCAACUAUAAUAGGUCAGGUAAAUGGUCGUGUGCCACAGGUGACUGCAGAAUCAAUGGCACCAAUGAUAUGGCUUGUAGUGUAUAUGAUGUAACGAUACCCGCCACAGUUGUUGAUUUCAGAAUCAAUCAAACCGAAAUCCACAGCCAGGAUUUUUAUCAUGUCAACAUUGCCCAGGGCUACAAUUUGCCAAUACUUGUGGAGGCGACUUCCGGUUCAGGUUCCAGUUUACGUAGUUGUGCUAAGACGGGUUGUGUUGAAGACUUGAAUCAGCGGUGUCCAACGGAGCUAAGUUCAGCCAAUGGAAAGGUGUGUAUGAGUGCUUGCUUAGCUUUUGGCUCUCCAGAGUAUUGUUGCAGUGACUCUUUCUCGUCACCCUCAUCAUGCAAGCCAACAGCAUAUGAUCAGUUGUUUCGAUCAGCGUGCCCAAGAUCUUUUACGUAUAGUACCCCGUCCGAUCUAUGGGAUCUAGAGACUACAACAUUUACUUGUAAUGGUGCCGAUUACACCAUCAGAUUUUGCGCCCCUGCUGAUUCGUUUUCAACAAUCAAACUUGGUGGCCAACUCAAAUCUACAGACCAGCUUGUUUCCGUGCGUGGAAAUUUCACAUUAGGGUUCUUUGGUGAAGAUUACAGUUACUUGGGAAUUUGGUACACAAGCGAUGUUCAAUCCACAAAAGUAUGGGUAGCUAAUCCAAAUGCACCGAUCAUAUCCACCCCAGGCACUCAUACCCUAUCCAUCAGUGCCAAAACCGGAGACUUGGUCAUCAGUGCAGGAUCCAAAACUCUAAUGAGAAUCACAGAUGUUAAACUGGGUGCAAACGCAAAUGUGACUGCAACCCUCGAAGAUAAUGGUAAUUUUCGGCUGAUUAACCAAGUUGACAAAAGAGUUUUGUGGCAGAGUUUUGAUCACCCAUCCAAUGUACUUUUACCUGGCAUGAAGCUUGGGUAUGACAUGACAACAGGCCAGAAUUGGACUUUGACUUGUUGGUUGAGCAAUGAAAACCCUAAAUCAGGACCUUUUACUCUGAGUUGGGAACCCACUCAAAAAGGAUCCCAGAGAUUAGUGAUUCGACGACGAGGACGAUCCUACUGGACUAGUGGGAAUCUAAACAACCAAAUAUUUCAAUAUAUGUUUGCAUUGAAUGGCCCAGGUAGUCAAUCCAUGUAUAAUCUCACUUUUGUAUUCAACAAUAAAGAAAGAUACUUUAGCUAUGAUGGUAAUAUUGCUGCUUUACCCAUGUGGAUUUUAACACCAAAAGGUCAAAUUAGAGAUAUUAAUAAUGCUACUGCUUGGAGCCCUGAGUUUUGUUAUGGAUAUGAUUCUGGUAAUGGUUGCAUGGAGUCGAGUUUGCCUCAGUGCAGGACAGAGAACGAUAAUUUUAGUAAAAAGAAUGGGGAUUUUGCUCAAGAUCGGACAAAAAGUGCAACAGAUGGGAACUCGAGCUUAAGCAUUAACGACUGUUUUGUUAAGUGCUGGAAUGAUUGCAAUUGUGUGGGGUUUAGUAGCAGUACCAUCAAUGGAAGUGGUUGUGUAAUUUGGACAGGUAUCAAUAGUUUUUUGGUUAAUCCUCAUGAUAACUCUACGUCAAAGUAUGUGAUCAGCCAAAAUCUAGGCAAUCGAAAUACAGGUAACAAAACACAAAAGAGCAAGAAUUGGAUAUGGAUAUCCAUUAGUGUUUUCAUCCCUCUUGUUUUCCUUUGUUUUGGGGCUUUAUGGUAUAUAAAGAAGAGGAAGCAUAGACAAAAAGGAUAUGAGAGACGGAAGAGAGAUGAAUAUUUCUUGGAGCUGACAACUUCUGAAAGCUUCAAGGAUAUACAUCAGCUUGAACCGGAUGGUGUGAAAGGAAAUGAUUUGUUAUUAUUUAGCUUUGCCUCUAUCAUGGCUGCCACCAAUGAUUUCUCAUUUCAAAAUAAGCUCGGACAAGGUGGUUUUGGACCGGUUUACAAAGGAAAACUAAGUGAUGGGCGAGAAAUUGCAAUCAAAAGGCUUUCAAGAACAUCAAGUCAAGGGCUUGUGGAAUUCAAGAAUGAACUAGUGCUCAUAGCUAAACUUCAGCAUACAAAUCUUGUUCGAGUUCUUGGUUGCUGCAUUCACGGAGAAGAAAAGAUGUUAAUAUAUGAAUAUAUGCCCAACAAAAGUUUAGAUUUCUUCGUAUUUGAUAAAAACAGAAAGGCAGAGUUGGAUUGGCCUAAACGAUUUAUCAUUAUUGAAGGAAUUGCUCAAGGGUUGUUGUACUUGCAUAAGUACUCAAGAAUGAAAGUUAUUCAUAGGGAUCUGAAAGCUAAUAACAUUCUUUUAGAUGAGAGUAUGAACCCCAAGAUUUCUGAUUUUGGUAUGGCAAGAAUAUGCGAACAAAAUGUGACUGAGGCAAUGACUAACAGGGUGGUUGGAACAUAUGGUUAUAUGUCUCCUGAGUAUGCAAUGAGGGGGGUUUUCUCAAUCAAGUCGGAUAUCUUCAGCUUUGGAGUCUUGAUCCUGGAAAUUGUCAGUGGAAGAAGAAAUAGUAGUUUCGUCAAUCUUGAUGACACAUACAGUCUUAUUGGAUAUGCAUGGGUGCUAUGGCAACAAGGGGAUUCGUUGGAAUUGAAGGACCUGUCACUUGGAAAUACUUGUGAUGAACAACAGUUCUUGAGGACUGUUCAUGUUGCCCUUCUGUGUGUACAAGAGAAUGCAAUAGAUAGGCCAACAACAUCUGAGAUGAUCUCCAUGCUUCUCAAUGAUUCCAUAUCAUUACCCACUCCAAACAGACCAACAUUUCUGAUGGGUGGAGGGGACUCAAAGUCAACUUCAUAUGAAACCAAAGCAGAAGAUUUCUCUGUGAAUAAUGUGACCAUCUCUGUUGUUGGGAGUCGAUAGGGAGAUGCAGAUCCAUUUUUCUAUACUUGUUAAUUGUUAUAUGCAUGGAGAAGUGCCACAUCAGAAUAUAAAGAACACUCUUUAUAGGUCUAUCCAUAUUGUAUAUGUCAAUAAAGAAGUAAAGAACAUCUAGUGCAAGCUUGUGGAUAUAGUAGAUUCAUUAUUAGCUCAAUUUCAAAGUUUUCUCAGUCUAGGAAGUCUGGUGUUUAUGCAGCCUGAUUGGGGAAGACUGGUCACUAAAUAGAAGCAUCAUCGAAAUGUGAUUGAGCGGCAUUUGUGGAAAUAUACAACUAAUUUAUAAAUAUCAUCCUGUCAUAGAUUUUUACAG